CGAUCAGGACCGUCAAUACAUCACCACUUACACUUCACGUCGCAGGACAGUAUCAAAUUACUAUUCUGCUAACAUUUUCUCCACUCUCGAUUUCAAAAUCACAAAAGCCAACAAAUUUUUUUAUAAAUAAGUUUAAUUAGGGCUUUUGUUAAUUAAUUCCUGCAACGUUCUAACUUGGCUUCCAAAUUUUUUAGGGUUAGGGUUUAACGAAUUUCAUAUUAAUUAAAAGAUGUAUGCUGAUCGAGUCGAGGCUGCAGCAAAAAGGUCUAUAAAAGAUCGUCUCAAUGGCAAUUCUGUCGACGACUCUUCUCGACGCCGUCAAUUCACCGGCAAAAGGCAGAGGCAAGAUGAUAAGUGGGAACAUGAUCUCUAUGAGAAUAAUGAACCACGACUAUCAAAUCGCAAAGUCAGCGGUCAAGAUCUUCGUCUGAAGCUUCAAAAGAAAAGUCAUCCACAAGCAUCUCAAAGCAUAAAGGGGACAGUUUCAGGCAUGCGGGAUUUACGUGAGAAGCUAUCUGGGACUAUGAAUUCACAACCACUGAAUGUUGACCCACCUAAAAGAAAAUUGGAGGCUGCUAAACCGGCUAGGAGAAGUGCUGCAGUCGAAGUUCCUGAACCAGAGAUUAAAAAAGUUGCUGCAAUGGCUUCUAGAAGAAAAUCUCAGCAAAAGGGUGAUACUUCAUUGGAAGGUUUUCUGCAGUCACUAGGCCUCGAGAAAUAUCUGAUUACGUUUCAAGUUGAAGAAGUUGAUAUGACAGCUCUUGUACACAUGAGCGAUGAGGACCUCAAAGUUUUAGGAAUACCAAUGGGCCCAAGAAAGAAGAUACUCUUAGCAUUGGAAUCCAAAGGCUAGCAUUGAGGAAAGUGGCACCUGCAUGUUCUAUGGGUUGACAGUCGAAUUGUUAGGGCUGCCUUUUGCUUGAUAUAUGCCUGGAUGUAAAAAAUUGCCUUCCCCCUCUGAAGGUGGCUUAACUGGCUCAUUAUAGAUGUCAAACUGGUAUGAAUAUUAGCUUGCACCAAAUGUAGGUCCUUUCUUUUUUCUCUGUUUUUUGUUUUGUCGGCCAAUUGUUGGAACUUCAGAUUAAUGAAAUUAUCAUUUCGUUCAA